AUGAGCAAGAGGAAAGAACCAGAGCAGCCUCAGAACGGCAGGGGUCAAGACGAUGGCGAAGGCAGCGACGACGAGGAUUUCGACAUGCUCGACGUCGAGUUCGAGUGGUUCGAUCCUCUACCCGAGAUCGACUUCCACGGCAUAAAGACACUGCUACAGCAACUCUUCGAUGUCGACGCGCACAUGCUCGAUCUUUCGGCGGUGACGAACCUCAUUCUCGAACAACCUCUACUCGGCUCGACGGUCAAGGUUGACGGAAAGGAGACGGAUGCCUACGCGUUCUUGUCGGUGAUCAACUUGCACGAACAUCUGGAGAAGCCUUUUAUUCAGACUCUUGUUCAAUAUCUGCGCGGCAAGGCGAACUCGAACCCAGCGUUGGCUAGUUUGGCAGAGCUGUUGUCGCAGUCUCCAAUUCCUGCGAUUGGGCUGGUUUUGACGGAGCGGUUGAUCAAUGUUCCUGCUGAGACGGUGCCUCCGAUGUAUACAAUGCUUAUGGAGGAGAUACAGUGGGCGCUGGAGGAGAAGGAACCUUACCAGUUUUCGCAUUACUUGAUUCUGUCCAAGACGUAUACUGAGGUAGCAUCUGCGCUUGACGAGGAAGAUGACAGACCAAAGAAGAAAAAGAAGACCGCUAGCAGGGAGCUGGAGACAAUGUACUUCCACCCAGAAGACGAAGUGUUGCAGCGGCACGCAUUGUGCUAUGGUGGAUACAACUACUCGACACCGCAGGACGAAGGUGCCUCGGACUCAAGGAGAGCCUUUCAAGAGUUGGGCAUUAAACCGCAAUCCUACGCCAUUCUGAUCGAAGCAUCGAAAUUCGAAGGUGCCAUAAAAGAAGUGGCAGAGUACGUACAGGCACCAACCUGA